AUGACUAUCGCCGUUCAAGCGCAACAGAAGGAUUUCUUCCACGAUGUCACUGAGCUGCAGCCAGAGCCUGUGCCUGCGCCUACUCUUACUGUCCAGCUGAAGCCUGCGGCGUCGCGAUUGCGCCGUAUGCUGAGGGAAACCGAUGAACUUAUCAUCUGUCCCGGUGUUUACGACGGCCUGAGUGCUCGCGUCGCCAUGGAAUUGGGCUUCAAGGCCAUGUACAUGACUGGCGCAGGUACAACAGCCUCGCGACUGGGAAUGGCGGAUCUCGGCUUAGCCCAGUUACACGACAUGAAGACUAAUGCAGAGAUGAUUGCCAACCUGGACCCUUACGGCCCUCCGCUGAUUGCUGACAUGGACACCGGCUAUGGAGGCCCUCUGAUGGUCUCGAAAUCCGUGCAGCAGUACAUCCAAGCCAACGUCGCGGGCUUCCACAUCGAAGACCAAAUUCAGAACAAGCGCUGCGGCCACCUCGCCGGCAAGAAAGUCGUCGGGCUGGAAGAAUAUGAGAUGCGCAUCCGCGCCGCCAAACUGACCAAAGACCGCCUGAACUCCGACAUCGUCCUCAUCGCGCGCACCGACGCGCUCCAGCAGCACGGCUAUGACGAGUGCAUCAAGCGCCUCAAGGCAGCGCGGGCACUCGGCGCUGACGUCGGUCUUCUGGAGGGCUUUACCACGAAAGAACAAGCCCGCCAGGCAGUCAAGGACUUGGCCCCCUGGCCUUUGCUCUUGAAUAUGGUGGAGAACGGUGCUACCCCGCUGAUCACCACCAAGGAGGCUCAUGAGAUGGGAUUCCGCAUUAUGAUUUUCUCUUUCGCUUCUAUUACCCCAGCCUACCUGGGCAUCCGCUCUGCCUUUGAGCGGCUGAAGAAUGAGGGCAUUGUCGGAAUCCCCGAGGGUCUUGGACCGCGGAAGAUCUUUGAGGUUUGCGGAUUGACCGAUUCGAUGAACAUUGAUACCGCUUCGGGGGGAGAUGGCUUUUUAGAGGGUGUCUGA